AUGGAGGAUAUAGCCUUCUUCUCCCCGGAACAAAAGAGCACCUACCUACUGAAGUAAGUUCGUUUGGAUUGUUUCAUUUUUUCAAAGGUAUUUGAGUUAGGAAACAUAUAAAGUGUGAAUAAAAGAACUGAACCGGAAAACAGCGAGUUUGGAAAUAUUACAAGACCGAUUAUACACAGUUUGUCCAUAGUUUGCCAUAGAUCGUCCUGUAAUUUCUCUUUACAUAGUUUGUCGCUGUCAAUAUUAUCUUACAGAGCUUACAUAUGGAACCAAUUUGUGUGGUACGUACCAACAACUCGUCCACAUUGUAAAUAGAUAAAAAGGUGAAAAAACUUCCCUUUGUUUUUAAUGCAGACGGAAAAGGAUUGGAAUGUUAGCAUCAACUCGAUGGAAGGGAGUUGUACCAAAGUUCAAUAAUCCCGAGGCAAAAGCAGAGUUGGCAAGUUUUGCCUCUGAAAUUGCCACCCAGUGUGGUAUGCCAGAAGUAGGAUUUAAUGAAGACGGAAUCAUAAAACAUGUGCAGGCCAACUUCAACGAACAACGAAGGUAUAGGAGGAACAAAUCUGAUUCAAAGGUAACUUUCGUAGUAAAUAUUUUUCGCUUUUACACCUAAAUUUCUUUCAUGUCACACCUGGUAUGCCAUGGCACGAUAUGCAAUACCCCGAUAACCCGUUGGAGGACAGGUCAUUCGAAAUAUUUUGAGGUGUGAGAGAAGGCUGAAAUUUUGACCGUUAAUCAAUAAAUUCUUUCCUUUUACAUAGAGAAAAUGUUUGAGUGAUAAAGAUCCCAAGCUUCCUGAACUACAUGAAGAUGUGCUAACUUCUGAGGUACUUACAGUGAUUCUAUAGGAGGAGUCAUAGUUUAUGUGGUGGGGGAGGGGUGCUAUGGUGAUAACUGAUUUGUUUUUUUUGUGUCUGUGUAAUGUUUUUCGGAAGCUAUCCCCGGCCCUUGAUGAUAUCAUUUAAUUUCUUCGGUGAAAUGGCACAUCAUUGAUUGAUAAUCUUUGGUUUCCCAUUCUAGUCAGAGAGUGAUAAUAACGCAUGCAAAAGAGUCAAGUCUGUUCAAAAGGUAUGUGGCUUGGUUGACCUGACUCUUUCAGUGCUAAUGUAUAUACCUAAACAUGCACAGCAUUAUUUAAUUGACUUUUGUCUCGCAUUGACUUUUCAUAAUGUAUGGUUGUUGGACAAAGUUGAAGCAAUUAAAUAGGCCUACAACAUUAUUUUGAUCAAGUGGGGAGAGAUUUAUAUAGUAAUAAGAAUGACUUGUAUAAUUCACUAUUACAAAGUAAGAUAUCACACACUAAAACCUAAUUCCGAUUUAUCACUACAGUUCUUUUUUGGCUAUGUGUAAUUUCUUCAGUGUUUUACAUCCUACUGUAGGUAUUAUCUUUUAUGCUUUGUGUGGUUUAAACCCUUUAAGAUGUGUUUCACAUGUACUUUUAGUUCACAGGUCAGUCUUGGAGGAGGUGACACUGAAAUACAGUCACAAGAAAGUGACGAUGACGGGACAGUGUCAACUGUUUCAGUUGAUUCAACGGAGGACUCUGUGGAAGAGGCCAUAAACAGCAAUGGAUGGUGUCCCCAAGUUAAAGCGUGCUGUUGA